AUGAAUAAGAACAUCAUGUCUAAAUGUAAAAACCAAAAAACUUUAGAAGAUCACAGUGUAGAAACAUUAGCUGAAGUAUUUAGGUGUUUUAUUUGUAUGGAAAAGCUUAGGGAUGCUCAUCUUUGCCCUCAUUGUUCAAAAUUAUGUUGUUAUGUUUGCAUUAGCAAAUGGCUAACUGAACAAAGAUCUCAAUGUCCUCACUGUCGUGCUUCGCUACAUCUUCAUGAGGUAGUUAAUUGUCGCUGGGUGGAAGAAGUUACUCAGCAGCUUGACAGCUUACAAGCUGGAAAUGCUUCAUUAUCUAGACAAGAAAAUGAUGAUCUUGACAAAGACAGAUGUGAAAUUCAUUCGGAAAAAUUAAGUGUGUUUUGCUGGAACUGUCAGAUCAGUAUUUGUCAUCAAUGUGCUCUUUGGGGUGGAAUUCACAGUGGUCAUACUUUUAAGCCUUUGGAAGAAGUUUAUCAGCAACAUGUAAAUCAAAUAAAAGAUGAAGUAUCACAAUUGAGGAGAAGACUUGUAGAACUCAUUAGUUUGGUUCAAGAAGUGGAAAAAAAUGUUGAAUCAGUUAGAUCUGUUAAAGAUGAAAGAGUCAGAGAAAUCAGAAAUGCUGUGGAGUCUAUGAUAGCUAGAUUAGAUUCACAAUUAAAAGCUAAAUUACUCACUUUAAUGGGUCAAAAAAAUCUCCUGACUCAAGAAACAGAGCAAUUGGAAGCUAUUAUUCAAGAAGUCGAUCAAAGAUUGCAUUCAUGCUCUCGUUCAGAAUUGAUCUCAAAGAGUGGUGAUUUAUCUAGGUUAAUUCAUCAACUUCAUAAAAAACCUAUGGCCAGCUUUGUUACUCCUCCAGUUCCAGCUGAUUUUCAAAGUGAAAUCGUUCCUGGUUAUGAUAGCAGUACUUUUGUCAUGCAAAAUUUCACUGUAUUGCAACGAAAAGCCGAUCCUGUAUACUCUCCACCAUUGCAUAUAAACGGCCUGUGUUGGAGGUUAAAAGUUUACCCAGAUGGAAAUGGAGUUGUUCGUGGAAAUUAUCUUUCUGUGUUUUUAGAACUCAGUGCCGGUCUUUCAGAAACUUCCAAAUAUGAAUAUAGAGUGGAAAUGAUUCAUCAAGGAUCUCGCGAUGCAAGCAAAAAUAUUAUACGAGAAUUCGCUUCAGAUUUUGAAAUAGGAGAAUGUUGGGGUUACAAUCGAUUUUUCCGUUUAGAUCUUCUUGCAAGUGAAGGAUACUUAAACACCACAACUGAUACUCUAAUCCUAAGUUUUCUUGUGCGUCCGCCUACGUUUUUUCAAAAAUGUCGAGACCAGCAAUGGUAUAUAAGUCAGUUGGCCAAAAUUCAAAGUCAGUACAUAUCUCAGAUAAAUGACCUGAAGGAGAGGUUAAGUUUAAAGGCUACUAGAGUUUCAACUUUUUCGAAUACACCUAGGGAAAAUUCUAGUCUUUCAACAUUACCAUAUUUAGAUAGAAAAUGUCAAGAAACUCCAGUGCGAAAUGUAGAUUCUUCUUCAACUAUGUCUACUUCUACGGCUUCUUCUUCAUCGAGAAGGAAAAAAUUUAGAGAAAAAUUUUCACCCAGUGACAGUCAAGGAGCAUUAUUAAGUCCUUUAAAUGAUUCUAGUGAGAGCAGUAGUUCUAGCGAAACGGAACACGAAGACAGUGAAGCAGAAAUAGACAAUGAAGGUUUCGGACAAAUUGAAGGUCCUAUCAAUGAUAGCAACUCGGUCCAAUCGAAUGAUGAAAACGAUGUAGAUGACGAAGCCAUGUCCGGGGACAAUGAUAUCGAAUAUAAUUUAGCUCAGCAAUUGUUUCAAAAUCCUUCUACCUCUAGCACUACCAGUCCAAAAUUUUCAGACAGUCUUCAAGAUGAAUUAAUGCUUUUUCAUUUAUUCGAAAUGCAGGAUAGAAAUUCUUGUAAUCGUUGGAUAACUCCCAAAUCAAGAUCUCACGAUAAAUGGGCUUUUCACACUCAUUUAAAUCGGGAUUCUUCUCAUAAUUCGACAAAAAUACAAAACUCGGCCAUGAGUGUUUUAGACACGUUGCAAUUAGAUAUGGAUUUAUCAAUUUUACAAUCGACUUCCGUUGAUUGGGAUAAUUCUCAAGGGUUGAAUUCUUCGAUUUUGCAGUCUUCACUUAGCAUUCCCGUUCCAAAGUCAAACUUAAAUGUUUUUAAAAAUAAAAAGAAAAACAGUGUUUCCGCACACAAUUUAACAGAUGUUCAAGUUAAUUCUUCCGUUGGGGAAAGGUUAUUAGCAUUUAAUUCUUUGAUAUCUCAAAUUCAAUUACCGGACGCUGCUAAUUCAAGUUUAGCGAGUAGAUUAAAUGAAAUGGAUAUAAGAAGUAUGGAAAAAGAUAAUUCUGGUAUAAAAGAUGAUUCUAGUCCUAAUUUGUUAAAUAUAAAUUCUUUAGAACUUCAAACGUUUAAAUCAGGAACAAAUCAGUCAAAAAAUGAGGAAGGAAGGGGAGAUAUUGGUGAUAAUGACAACUAA